CAUCUUCUCAUUGGUCGAGAGGCACUAAACGGUGUAAUAAACGUGCAGUUCACGAAUGCUGCUACAGAAUGGAAACGAAAGAUUGUCUUUUGUGAGUUACGUCUACAUCGCCGAAUUGAAUUGAUUGGAGGAACCUGUAUUUAUUAUUGAUUAAGGAUGACGAGUAGAAUACGGUUUGUUCGAUCCAUGGUGAAGGCGGCAGCUGUGGCCAACGUCCCGAAACAUGUGGAUCAUUUCUCCAAAUUUUCCCCAUCUCCGCUUUCCAUGAAGCAAUUCUUGGAUUUCGGGUCAACCAAUGCGUGCGAGCGCACAUCAUUCAUCUUCCUUCGCCAAGAGCUUCCCGUGCGUUUGUCGAACAUCAUGAAGGAAAUCAACUUGUUGCCGGACCAACUGCUGGCCACACCCUCUGUGCAACUGGUCCAGAGUUGGUAUAUUCAAAGCCUCAUGGAGAUUUUGGAUUUUCUGGACAAGAGCCCGGAUGACCAGAAAACUCUCGAGACGUUUGUAGAAGUAUUGGAAGCAAUCAGGAACAGGCACAAUGAGGUGGUCCCCACCAUGGCUCAGGGAGUCAUUGAGUACAAGGAGGCCUACGGUCGGCAGGAUGCUGUCACUGAUCACAACAUGCAGUACUUCCUGGACCGCUUCUACACCAGCCGAAUUUCUAUCCGCAUGCUCAUCAACCAGCACACGCUUGUCUUCAGUGGAAGCACAAACCCCACUCACCCUGACACCAUUGGUUGCAUCGACUCUAUGUGCGACGUGCCUGAGGUUGUCCGAGAUGCUUAUGAGAGCGCGAAGUUGAUGUGUGAACAAUAUUACCUGGGAGCACCUGAGCUGGAGUUGAGACAGAUGAAUGCCAACUGUAUCAGGCAGCCCAUCCAGAUCUCUUACAUCCCGUCUCACCUGUACCACAUGCUCUUUGAGCUCUUUAAGAAUGCCAUGAGGGCAACCAUUGAGAACCACGAGGCCAGCAGGAUCCUCCCGCCCAUCGAGGUCCUGGUUUCAGUUGGUGGAGAGGACUUGUCAAUCAAGAUGAGUGAUCGAGGUGGUGGAGUUCCUUUUAGGAAAACCGAGCGUCUAUUCAGCUACAUGUACUCCACGGCUCCCAGACCAGAGAUAGGGGAGAAACAUAGAGCCCCUCUGGCUGGUUUUGGCUAUGGGCUUCCCAUUUCUCGUCUCUACGCUCGCUACUUUCAAGGAGACCUCCAGCUUUAUUCCAUGGAGGGUUAUGGCACUGAUGCAGUUAUACACUUGAAGGCAUUGUCGACAGACUCGGUUGAGAGGUUGCCCGUUUUUAACAAAACUGCCCUGCGUCACUACAAGCUGAAUUUGGAAGCAGACGAUUGGUGUGUUCCCGCUAAGGAGCCACUGGAUCUCACAGCUUUUCGAACGGCCAAGUGAUUCAGCCGAGAAAAGACACAAAAUGUACUAUUUUAUACUAUGCUUGACCACAAAAGCACCCUUGAAAGGACAGGACAUUGAUGCACCAGGGGCUGAGGGAAUCAAAAGAGAAGAUGGCCAAUUUUUUUUUUCUUUCAUUCUGAUGACCUGGCACGUCGGUUGCUCAGGAUGCACAAUUUGUCUUUUCGUAUGUGUUGUCUUUUCGCAUGUCCUAGAAGUAGAACAUCCAGUGGGUCAGUCGUAAAAAGUGAGAGAAGCGCUCGGAACUUUAAAAAAACACAUUGAGAAAUUAAAUCCGGAACGAUUCGUUUGAAAUGAUCGAACAGCUUCAGCUGGACACUGAGCCUUUAUUUGCUGAUAUUGUUACAGCGGUGUGAAUAGUUGAAAAUCCUCAAUUCUGUUGUACAGUAUGUUGGGAUUUGAGUCAGUGUAGUAGUCGUGUGAUAUAAAUGAGGUUUUGUGCUUGGUUUCAUUCCCUCAUUUCAAUUCAAAGUGCCUUUGCUAUGUUGUAUAUUUGAACAUUUGGAAGAGAUUGCAGAUAUUUUUGUAAAAACAAAUAAAAACAU